GACUACUUGACUUCAAGUGAGUGGAGAGAAUCCACCUUUAACCGACUGAAAAAAAUGGAGAGGAAUACACAAAAAAUGAGGAGUGGUGCCUCUAAUCCAUGCCAGAGGAUAACCCAUGAAGAUCUUUGCAAUUUGCUGAAGAGACUUCAGAAACUGAUGAAUAGACUUGGAUAUGGAUCAUCUAGAAAGAGACCCAGAGAGCAGCCUGCUAUUGCCUCUCUGUCUUCUCAAAGAGGAAUGUUCAAUGUACAAACAAAUUAUGAACAAAACACAGUUCCUGUUUUUAAUACCUAUGAAGAAUACCAUAAGACGGUUCUUCAGUCAUUUGAAAAUAUUUCAAUUGUACUGAACAUAGAAGGAAAAGUUGUUUUUGUAUCCCAGAAUGUGACACCUCUUCUUGGCUAUCUUCCAGAAGAUAUAAUUGGGACGAGCCUAUUAAAUCUUGUUCAUGAUGAACAAAAGGAUGACAUAUCUGAGAAGAUCAUUCUAAAUCUUCCAUUGGCAAAUAUAGAGAAUUAUGGAGGAGCUCAAUAGGACAUUACUCUCAGAUGAUGAGCCCUCACACGCAGUGGAAGAGUUCAAGAGAGCUGAUGGAUGCCGUGGGAGGAAGAGUGUGGUACCUCUAAGGAUGUAGCCCCUAGCAGUGGUUCUCAACCUUCCUAAUGCUGAGACCUUUUAAUACAGUCUCUCAUGCUGUGUGGGAAGCCUAAUCGAAUUUUGCUGUUAUAUAAGAAAAGGAAAUGUAGGUCAGAGUGGCCAGGACACAUAUUGUUACAGGACCAUGUACCAAGGGAGACAUAUAUAUGAGUACGUGAAAUUCAUCUUGUACCUACAGGAUUCUUAUGAUGAGUCAUUUGUAUUUUUUGGAAACUUCGGUCCUAAUAGCAGAAAGAUUUGGUCUUCUGCUCCAAGGCUGUUAUGGGAGGAAAAGUACUAUGUUGUGGGAAACAUUUCUGUUCUACGUACGCCGGAUGAGACAGCACAACCAGUUAACAUUCAAACAAAUGCUGUAGAUGAUGAUUCUGAUGAUGACAGUACUUUACAACACCAUAGGCUUCGAAAACGCCACCGUAGGAACAAAAUGCAAACAGAUGCUCAGGCUGAAGCUGUGAAUGUGGAGGAGUGUCCUGAAGCAGGCACAGAAGUUGAGAUUGUAGAAGUUCAAGCAGCCACUCAGCGAAUGCCAUUUGACUUAAUUCAGGUCCGGACACCCUCUCACUCAAGCAUAAACCCAGAAUUAAGUGCAGCUACAAGCAUAAGCACUGGCAUGAGGACAAGCACAAGUUCUUCAUCUACAAAUAUUUCAUCAACAACACCAGUAUCAACCCCUACAUCUAGACAGGGGUAUGAGAUAGAUCCAAAAUAUAUGCUAGAGCCCCAAGACAGAGAAUUUGAAGUAGGUCCAGAGUUCCUCCUAAAUGACAGCCAAGACACAGAGGCCACUCCAGAACAAGGAGAAUGCACUGAAGAGGAUGUGAAGAAACCCUUGGUAGAGGCAAAGCUAUCCAAUCCUAAGGAACAUGUAAUUGAUGAAUAUUCUGCAUGUCAUGAUGCUUCUUCAGAUGAUGAUUUCUGUAUAAUAACAGAAGAUACUGAACACAAGAAAGACCCUAAGUUUCAAGAAGUCGUUGUGGGUCAAGAACAAGGACAUCAGAAGCCAAAGAGAACAUAUCAAUAUCAUCAUCCACUUUUGGGGGAAAAGUUUUUCCAACUCUGUGGCCCACGAGUGAAGAUGACAGAGGUCUAUGAUUUGAAUAUCAGUAGAUCCUUCUAUGGUGAACAACCUUCUUACCCAGAUAUUGAAGAGGAGCAUAGGGAACAAGAACAAUGUGAAUAUGAAUUCUCCCAGUGUACUGGAAUGCUUCGAAACUUAAAAUAUGAAUGGCCUGGGCAGCAACAUACUGGGCAAGGACAAGGACCUCGUGGAUAUCAUAGAGGAGAACAGGUGGUGACUGUUAUAGAUGACGUGGGGUCACCCACCAUGGAAUUUUUUGGAAAUGACAAUUCUCAGCAUUCACGAAAUGAGACACAUAGCUCAUCAUGCUAGCUGGAAUGCAGGUGAGAUUUUAGAAGUGGGCAGCAAGACCAUCUGGGCCUUUGUGGACAACAGAUGAUUGGAUGUCUUUGUGAGGCAGCAUCUACCAGAAUUCGUUGAUGGAUACCUGAGAUACCAACCUGUGUGACUGGAGACCCAAGACCACGUAUGUCAAGCCUAAUGCUGAUUUUAGUCCUAUGAAUGAUUAUAGGUUUACAGUGAAUAUGCAGACUUGAGUCCAAUUACCCAUAAUGGUGUGGUUUCAUCUACACACAGAUCUGAGUAGCUGAACCCAAAACUGAAGAGUUAGUCUUGUUUGGCAUAGCUAUCCAACCUGUGCACAAAUAAUGCAAUUUCUGCCUGGAUUCUCAAAGUUUCUACUAAUAAUAUGAACAUCCUAAGUUGUAAGGAACUGUAGACUGAGAAGACAAUAAACAUAAGGGUAGAAGUUAUUAUUAAAUUUAUUAUCAUUAAAUAAAGAUAAAUCAGUAUAGAAGACACCAUUCUGUUUCUAUGAAGCAUUAAUACCAUAAAGAAAAGGAAAAUGAUGAGAACAACUGGUUAUGUAAAAGCUUUCUGAUGUGACAGCAACAUGAAUUGACAAGCAAUUUCUUUAGUACUGCACAUGAUAUGAAAACAACAGUGAACUAUUGUAGUUGAAGUCUACAAAGUGAUUUGCCAUUCAACUAAAAAAUUAAAUAUCUUUACUUUUCUGGC